AUGCCUGCCGCAAUGGAAGACGCGAACGGCAGCGUCGCCCGCGACGUCAAAGACGAACACAACGACUCCGACGAUGGGAGAGCAGGCGACGGAAAGACGACGUAUAAGUCGUGGAAGAAGAAGUACCGCAAGAUGCGCAUCACGUUCGACCAGAAGAUGCACGAUUGCGAGGAGCUGCAUCGUCAAGAGUCGAAAGCGCUCGCCACUGCAAAGCAAAUCGCCAUCGAGAACGAUCGCAUCCUUGAUCUGCUCAUGGACAUGAACUCCUCAGCACAGAUUCCCUUCGACAAACGCGUCGACAUCGCCCAACCACCACCCAAAGAUGUACCGUACUCUCCGCUCGACGUCGACGAGGCUACCGCUGUCGAGGCCGCCGAUACCGACGAGCUCAACAAGCCGACGAAGUCUCUCACGGUCCUUCUCAAGGACGUCCCUCACUCAACCUAUGUUCAAGCAAAGGAGCAUUCCCCCUCCGUCGUAGCAGACAUGGAGCCCGCCCCCGGAGUAUCGCACACCCCAGCCUUCCUCACCCCAGACGACAUCGACGACUACCUCUACGAUGUCGACAGGCGCAUCGACCCGGAGCACCUCCUCCCGACCCUCGCCCCAUCCGCCCGAACAAACGUUCCCCUGCCGGAAGCCAAUCCGCACGCCCUGUCCCAGAGCAUCGCCAUGAAGAACCCUACGAGCGUGUACAACUGGCUCCGUAAGCACGCACCCAAGACGUUCCUGCAAGAUGCCGAGAACGCCGCCGCCGCAGCCGUAGGAGACGAAGAGCACGCCGUCGAAACACCGCAAACCGACGGCCGCAGACGACGCGGCGGUGCUAGGGGCGAGGGCAGUCGAGGCGGACGCGGUUCUCGCGGCGGCAAGCGCGCCUCCCUCGCCGCGUCCCGCGCAGAGAAGGCCGCCGAGAGGGCGGCGGAGAAGGCUGCCAUCGCCGCCGAGCGUGCUGCAGCUAUGCGUGAGGCCGCCGAGGCCUGGGAAGCCAUGGAAGAGGAUGACGACGACGUGGCCGUCGCGACCCCGGUUACCGGCCGCGGUAAGAGGAAGCGCGCAGCCGCUAAGGACGACGAUGACGGCGGCUACAGGCCUAGGGGGUCUGUAGGACGUCCGGCCAAGAAGAAGCGCAAGAGCGAGGGAGCCGACGCCGGAACUCCCACAGUAUCAAAGAGAGGGCGUAAGAGCGCAGCCCUGGACGACUAG